AUGUUCCAGUUGGCCAACGCGACCCGAGGUGGGCUCGGGCUCUUCCAGUUGGCCAACGCAACCAAAGGAGACUUUGGAUGUUCCAGUUGGCCUCCCAAGAUCCACGCCGCCCCGGCCUCGCUGAGCGGCAACGAGGAGGAAGAGCCGCCGCCGGAGCCUUUGGACAAAGCCGAAAUCCCGGGAUCGCCGCCGGCACCGAGCCCCGGAUCCCCGGCGAGCCCUGCCCGCUCCAAACCCGGCUCCGCCGAGGCGCCGAGCCCGGAGCCCCGCUCCCGAAAAGCGCCGGGAAAACGCCAAGGGAAAUCCGGCGGCGGCCGCGGCUUCGAGAAAUUCCCCCCGCGGAACCUCCGGUGCCACGACUGCGGCAAAUCGUUGGCGCUGCCGAAACGCCGGCGGGCGGCGGAGCGGCCCCGCGGGUGCCCGGCGUGCGGGAAGAGUGUCCGGCUGGGCUCCGGCUUGGUCGCCCACCAACGGCGGCACUCGGGGGAGAAUCCCUCCAAGUGCCCGGACUGCGGGAAAUCCUUCGGCGCCGGCUCGGCCUUCGCCCGGCAGCGGCGCGUCCACGCCGGCGCCGCGCCGUGCCGCUGCGGCGUCUGCGGGAAGAGCUUCCCGGCCGGCUCGGCGUUGCUGAAGCACCAGAAGCUUCACCUGGAGGAGAAGCCCUACAAGUGCGGCGACUGCGGCAAAGGCUUCAACUGGAACUCGCACCUGGAGCGGCACCGCCGCAUCCACACCGGCGAGAAGCCCUACGAGUGCCCCGAGUGCGGCAAGAGCUUCUCCUGGAGCUCGCACCUGGAGCGGCACCGCCGAACGCACUCCGCGGCCCGGCCCGCCGGCCGCUGCGCCGGCUGCGGGGCGGCGGCGCCGGGGCCGCCGGAGCGCGGGGCGCCUAAAACGCCCAAAAACCCCAAAGCGCCCAAAAGCCGGCGGGAGCCGGCGGAGGAACCGCACCACGAGUGCGCCGAACGCGGGAAGGGGCUCGGCCUGGCGGCGGCGUUGGCGCAGCACCGGCGCGGCCACGCUCCCGGCAAACCCUACGAGUGCCGGGAAUGCGGGAAAAGCUUCUCCUGGAGUUCCCACCUGGAUCGGCACCGGCGCAUCCACAUGGGGGAGAAACCGUUCCGCUGCGGCAGCUGCGGCAAGAGCUUCUCCCAGAGCUCCCACCUGGAGCGGCACCAGAAAAUCCACCGGGAGCCGUGCCGGGAAUGCGGCGAGGCCGGCGGGACGGAGGGUGGGAAGAGGCUCCAGAAACGCCGCCGCGCUUCGGGGGAGCCGCGCGGCGACUGCGGCGCGGGGGCGGCGCGGGAGGAGAAAUGCGGCGAGUGCGGGAGAAACCCGGGGCCGGGUGUGGGGCCGGGUGUGGGGCCGGGUGUGGCGUCGAACGCCGGGAAUUUGAAGGAUCAAGGCACGCAGACCGGCGAGAAGCCGCACGCGUGCCCGGAGUGCGGGAAGAGCUUCGCGCAAAGCUCGGCGCUGGCCAAGCACCGCCGGCUGCACACGGGCGAGAAGCCGCACGCGUGCCCCGAGUGCGGGAAGAGCUUCGGCGUGCGCUCCAACCUGGUCAAGCACCGCCGCACGCACCUGGGCGAGAAGCCCUACAAGUGCCCCGAGUGCGCCAAGGGCUUCAUCCAGAAAUCCGACCUGACCAAGCACCGCCGCAUGCACACGGGCGAGAAGCCGUACGCGUGCCGCGAGUGCGGCAAGCGCUUCAGCGUCUCCUCCAACCUCAUCAAGCACCGCCGCAUCCACCUGGGCGAGAAACCCUUCCAGUGCGCCGAGUGCGGCAAGAGCUUCAUCCAGCGCUCCGAGCUCACCAUCCACCGCCGCGUCCACACCGGCGAGAAGCCCUACGCGUGCCGCGAGUGCGGCAAGAGCUUCAGCCGCAGCUCGCACCUCAACCGGCACCGGCGCACCCACGGCAAGGCCGCCGCCGCCGCCGCCGCCGCCUCCUCCUCCUCCUCCUCCUCCUCCUNCGCCGCCGCCACCAGCCUUUUCCAGGAGUCGAAAUAA